AUGAUCGCGACAGGGAAAAGGAGAGCGUUUGAGAGGUAUGCCAUCACGUGGAAGCCUGGACAACCUCGGAUAGUCGAGUUGGAGAAUCUGGACGAGUUUCUGAAGGAGGCAUACCGGAUUGUAGGCCACUCAAUACGGCAAAGCUAUCUUUCCACCGCACCGCCACCUCGGCGAAAGCAGUUCACGCGCGCACACAGUGCUUCUACAGCCACAGACAAAGACCCGAAGUACCUCACCGAUGCGCAACGCAACGAGAUCGACGCGCAGGCGAAGCAGUCACUGCGAGAGCUGAAUCAUGCGAUCAACAAUCUGCGAGAGGCUGAGGGUCUGCGACAGAGCACGGUUUCGCAGCUAGCUUUACGGAAGCGCGCAAAGCAAGGGUUGGGCGCAUUGGGGCGAUGGGCAGCAGGAGGCGCAAUAACAGCAAAGAGUCCAGAGGAGGAGCUCGAGGAGGCCAAGGCAAACGCGAUCAAGGCACACAGGGAGAGCAUUAUCUGGACGCUGCAGAAUGCGCUGGAGCAAUGUGGUCAAUUCCAAGGCUCGAUGAUGGAGAUACGGCUUAUGAGGGAAGUGGAGAAGAGCAAGAGCGUGCUAUACAAGACAAGAGCCACCAUGCCGUCGAGCGACUACGGCGGUAUGGAUGGUGGAGGCAGCGCAGCUGGGGCCUCGAAGGACUACCGCGGGCAGUCGCACGUCCAAGACGAGUCGAGCGCAGCAAUCGAACAGCAACUUGAUCCCGAGCAGCUGCAACUGUUCGCCCAAGAGAACCAAGACAUGCUCAAGCAGUACGAGGACCAGCUCGACAAGGUUCGCGCAGCAGAGAAGUCGCUCUUGGAAGUCUCGGAGCUGCAGUCGACGCUGGCCGGCAAUCUCGAGAUGCAGUCUGCGCACAUCGAGCAGCUGGUGGAGGACUCGUUCAAUACAACGGAGAAUGUCGGGAGCGGAAACAAGGAGCUCAAGCGGGCGACGGAGAGAAGGAGCACGGCGCAGAUGGUCUUCUACGGCACGUCUGCCUUCUGCACGUUGCUUGUGUUGUGGGACCUGUUCAUAUGA